ACUUUUGAGCGGGUGGUCGUUCAAAAUAUCUUACAUGGCCUUAGUCCAUCUCUAUCUGAUGCAAUUGGAUCGGUAUCGAGAUGGCGUUUUGUACGGGCUGCUUUUCCACAUAUUGUUCAAUGCUGCGCAACGCUUCUUUCGGAAGCAGCAAAUAGCAAAGGAUCUUCACCACUUAGUGGACCACUUUCAAAAAUACUUUAUAUUUUGCACUGGCUGCUCUUGGAUUCAGCUAACGAAUGCUGCGAUGCAGAAAGUAGAAAGAGCCUAAUAGAUAGUGGUGAAUGGAAUGCACAUUCGGUACGAAGAUACACAUUUUCUAUAAGUAGUAUCCAGUUGUUUGUUUACUUGAUUACACCUCUUAUCAGUGUGAUUAAUGAAGAAAACAUUUCUUCACAUAUUCGACUCGAAAGUGGUCUGAAAAUUUGGCAAUCACUUUGGCAAUACCGUCAGCCAGAAGUUCUCUGUUUUUGCGCUCCAGUAAAGCAGCGACGCUCGCUUAUUCCUUUUAUCACUGUUGCGAAGAAAUCACCGAGAAACUCAGUCGUUCAAGGCAUAUAUCUCGGCGAUGAAAAAGAAACCACAAGACGUUUCUCGACUGUAUCAGCACAAUUCGCUAAUUUUCCGCAGUUUACCUUACCACCUGCUAAACCACCUCGGAGCGACCUAGCGGUCUUGGAAAGUUUGGGAAAGAAGGCGGACAAACACAAGAAAUUACGAAGCAUAAAUAAUUAUAAAAAUGCAAACAGUAAAUCAAAGUCGAAAGCUGAAAUUUUUAAUGAUAAUGAUACGAAGAGUCGAGUAGUGAGAAGCGUUAGUGAAUAUCAUGACGAUAACCUUGCUUUGGAUAUCAGGCAAAAGUUUGCAAAGAGUAAAACGACGACUUUCGACAUAUCGCCAACGGUGACAAGAGGUAUGGAGGAGAUUGAUAUGGCAUUAAAAUUAGUCGAGAAUAAUUCUUUAAGUGAUAUGAUGGCUGACCUAUCCGAGAAAGCUCCACUUGUUCAACUCCAAGAAAUUUGUUCAAACAUAUCCAAUGACAUAGAAAUUCCAUUACAAAAUGCUUGCGAUAUCACAUGCGGAAAAUGUAAAACAGUAAUUUUCCGUAAAGGAUCUCUUGUUGGAACUUGUAAAUGCUCAAAAGAUGUUCCUAUAUCUAGUAGUAAAUUGAACAUUGUUCCAACUCGAUCAAGCUCGGAGCAAAAUAGUUCAGUUAUGAGCUGUGAACGAAGUACAGACGAGACGAUAUCUAGUAUACACACUGUAAUUCGGAGACCAACCAUUGCUAUCGAAAAUGAAAUUAUUAAAAAGGAAUACGAUCCUCUGGAAAAUUUGUCUUGUGGAAGUGAAAUAGUGCAGCAGAACAAUACUGAUCCACAAGAGGCAAGUUACCUUGAUAUAGCUGUGAUACGUUGCCUACUGAUAAAACAGUGGUCAGAAGAUGGGAUUCACUGGGCAUUGAAAUAUUUGAUUAAUCGACUUAAUGAUAUUGAGAGGUAUCGCAAUACUCAAGAUGGCAUGUUUCGAUCCCGUGCAAAUUCCGCACCUACAACUCCACAUCUGAAGGUUGUGCAGUGCAGAACGGAUAUUCGACAAAAUUUGCCAACGACUGUGAGUCGUGCUCCAAACUGGGACGAUUUACAACUCAAUAAUGUUAUAAGCGGUUUUAGUCAAUUUAUGAAGAAUUCCGAUCCCAAUAGGAGGUAA